GAAUUUCAAUACGCGGCCCAAAAGCCCAUACGCAAGUUCUUUUCGCAGCCACCGCCUUCCGCCUCUCGUUCGUGCGCGAUCUCCGGCGGCGAUCGAUCGAGUGCAGAGAGUACUCUCCUGGGGUUCGACGUCCGACACCCCUUAAUUCCGAUAGGUGGAGUGGCGGAGACUGGAGAAAGAGGAGUAGGAGAUUAAGGUUUGCCUUGCUUCGCAAGUACACGGUUUUUUGCUGCAGCAUCAUGUGGAUCCGUCGGGGUCUUGCUCUCCUCAGAAGACUGCGACGCCCGGUGCAAUUGGCGGCCCCGCGAAUGCUUCCUCUCACGGGCACGACUGCUUCGUCGAGAUUUUACGUGCUUUCUUAUCAUCAUUGUUUGCGUGCAAAUUGUAAUGCGGGAACGCUCUUCCAUUCGAUGAAUAUAUGAACACCACAAUAUUGGUGUAACUCGAUAUGGCUAUUUCAAGUUUGGUUUUUCCUGGGAUAAACAUAAGUUGGAUUUGAUGUUGGGAAUUAUCCUAUCUGGACAAACAGUAUUUUUUCUUGGGGCAAAUAAGAAUUUUGUCUUUGCUCAAGAUGCUUCUGCAAUUGAAGCGUUUCCAGAGAAUGGUCAAGAGCAAGCACAUAUUACUGGUUUGCGUCGAAUUGAAGAUGGUUCUGUAAUUUCAAAUACUCAUACAACUAAGUGGAGAAUAUUUACAGAUAACGGAAGGGAACUGUCUCUGAAGGGAAAACUAGAUGAGGCUGAGAGAUUCUUCCAGGCUGCAUUAGAGGAGGCCAAAAAAGGAUUUGGCGAAAAGGAUCCACAUGUUGCAUCAUCAUGUAACAAUCUGGCAGAACUGUACAGGGUCAAGAGGGAAUAUGCCAAAGCUGAGCCCUUGUAUAUUGAAGCAAUUAGCAUACUCGAAGAUUCUUAUGGGCCUAAUGAUAUCCGUGUGGGAGCUGCUCUUCACAACCUUGGGCAAUUUUAUUUUGUAUUAAGGAAACUUGAACAGGCUCGUAAGUGUUAUGAGCGGGCUUUAAAGAUAAAGGGUCGUAUUCUUGGUUUUGGUCACACAGACUAUGCAGAGACAAUGUAUCACCUUGGAAGGGUUUUGUAUCUACAAAAAAAGGAGAAAGAAGCUGAGGAUCUUAUACGGGAAUCAAUUAGGAUUCUAGAGGAAGCUGGCAUGGGGGAGUCUACAAUAUGCAUAAGGAGGAUGAACUAUCUUGCCCAGAUUUUACUGAAAUCUAAUAGACUUAAUGUCACUGAGGGUGAAAAUCUUCAGAGAAAAAUCUUGCACAUAAUGGAACUUUCAAAGGGUUGGGACUCUGUUGAGACUAUAUUUGCAGCAGAAAAAUUGGCUCUUACCCUCCGGUCUCUUGGAAAUUUAAAUGAAGCAGAGGAACUUUUAGAACGAUGUCUUGCUGCUAAACAGAAGAUACUUCAUGAAAAUCAUCUUCAGGUUGCUGUAAAUAUGCUUCACUUGGCACAAUUAGCUAGGCUCAAAUCCAGCAACCUGCAAAAGGUGAAAAUUUCUGAAGCAAGGGAGGAACUAGACAAGGCCAAGCUACUUUUAUAUAGCUCAAUCAGGAUUGCAAAGGAAAAUUUAGGCUUUACAGGUGUGUCUCAGAAGAAUUUAAAAAAUAGCACCUUAAAUGAGAAGGAUAAACACCUUGCGCUGAUUACUUUGUUACAGGCACUGGAAUCUAUUAUUCCUUUGGAAGUCAAGAGACAAGAAUUGGCUGAACCUGAGGAUGCAUUGGAAUAUCCAUCAGAAAUUGAAGUUGCUCUUCGUGAGUGUAUUUCUAUAUUCAAAGAGUCUUACCAACGGAGCAUGGUUUUGAAAUACCCCGACGUCGAGAAGCAUUACAUCUUGUGCUUGAAGCACCUGGCGGAUCAUACCAUCACAAUUAUGAAAAACUCAGCCUUUGAAACAAUUAUGAAUGAAUCACAGAAGUCAAGAGCGCUGAAGGAUUUGGUAGAUGAAGCACAGCAAAUAGAAGCUGAACUAUCAUCAAAGCAGCACUAGGAUGGAACAUGUAACUUCAAGACCUGCAAUUGAGAGGGACGGAGGACGGAAGAACGGUCCAGUCCCCAUAAAUUAAAUAUUUCAUUAAUACCUUUUAUUUCAAGUAUGUCUUCCCUAACCAUCAAUGUUAACUACAUAAUUGGCCUCCCAAAGCAUGAAUUCUUGCUUUAUACUCGCAACUUAGGGUGGGUAACCGAUACAUCAAUCUCUGUGAUUGAGCUAUGUUAGUAUCUGAAUGUAAGAACUUGUUCAUAUCAAUAAGUUACUGGCUGCUCAUAUUCAUCAUACACAUUCAUGUAAUGCCAUCUUUUUUGAAAGUGCAUUAUGGAUGUUUUAUUUCUUU